AGUUCUCACCAAUGCAUCUCUUCUCAUACUAUAUCGCAUUGCUUGGUACGCAGAGCUGAGACAGACACAUGGAAAAGGAACGAAUGGACUGGUUUUUCCAAGGGCAGAGCCCAAAGGCUGCGACCCUAUAUGUGGCCAGGGGUGACCGCCAGACAAGCUAUUCUUGGGACUUUCACAACAACCACCUGUCAACUCAUUUAACUAAUGGAUUACUUCAAAAGCAACGUCCAGUCGAACAUCUACAAACUUAGCAAAUACGAUAGUUUGCUGUCUCUAGUCAAUCUUCGCCACGUGUACUUUUAUGGCAACAGCGACUAUUCAGAUGAUUUCAUGCUCUCUACCUUACUCGAACAAGGGUUCUACCGGGCGCUCACCCGCUACCCGGUUCUUGCCGGCCACCUUCAGCAAACCGAUGAGGGUCAAAUGGUGAUUGCUGUGGAUAAAGAUAAUCUCAACAUGCCCAUUUACCACGAGUUCCAGUCAGACAUACACUUCAGCGACAUCAGCAAAGCUGGCUUCAGCCCCAGCGCAUGGCCACAUGUUAAAGACAUGUGUGGCAAAUAUACGUGCCCAGACAGAGAUGCAGGGACGAUCAAGCUUGGCAGCUUCUAUGUCGCUCGUCUGAAGCAGAACAGUGGUGUGAUUUUCUUUGCCAACUUUUGCCACUCGACUGGUGAUGGCACGAGCUGCUUCGAGUUCUUCAACCGAUGGGCCGCCGAAACUCAGGCGCUGGUUACAGAUUGCCCAGCCGAAGAGGUCGUCUACUGCUUUGAUCGUGAGAUUAUUACCAGUGAGCUACCUAGCGAACGCACCCCACUUGAUGAGGGAACCCGUAUGGCGUAUAGCCGACGCUCAACUUUGGGGGACUGGAUUGCAUGGCUUUCGCCCAACACGCGUGGGAGAGCAAUGACCUACUUGGAUAGUCGCUCCCCAGCACAAGGACACCUGUUUCGCAUUUCCCGCAGCAAGUUCGACGAGCUACGCAGCAAAGUACUUGAGUGCAUGCCACCGGGCGCACGCAUGUCCAGCAACGACCUUCUUAACGCUGUAUUUUACAAAGUCCAUGGACAAGCUAGACUCGACGCUGAGAAGAAACAGUCAGGCUGGCUAUCGUGGCUGACAGGUCGCAGGGAGGAAUCUAGCGGAGAACACCGCCUUUCGUUCACGUGCGAUCUUCGUCAUCGCCUCGGAAUAUCGCAUUUGAACUACAUCGGCAACCCCCUAUACAAUGCUGUUGUCUCAAUCCCAAUUGAACAUGCCCAGUCGCCGAUCACACCCCAUGCACUUGCAGAUGUUGCUACUCAGGUACGAGGAUCUAUCGCAAAACUUACACCGUCAUUUAUCGGCAGCUACUUUGAAACCAUCGAGACCAGCGGCUUCAAUAUUGGAACAUUCAUGACAAACUCCAUGCGGUUCAAGCUGAUUACAUACGUGACUAAUGCAGAGCAUGCGAGAAUGUACCAUGCAGACUUUGGCUAUGGCGUGCAAUCAUUCUCAACAAUUAACCCGGAUGUCGCAAGUCUGAAUUUCACUGUCGUGCCCUCGCCUCCGUCAACCAGGGACUUUUUCGUCAAUAUUAUGGAAGACCCUUCUGUAAUGGACUGCAUCUUGACUAACAAGUUCUGGACUGAGUUUGCCACACAGAUGUAUUGAGCUUUUAGUAUUCGGUAUUAAUAAUAACUAAAAAAAAUCGGAC